AUGGCGUCCUUCUUCUCCCCCCUUUCAGGACAGAUCUACUACCCCGUCAUGCCGCUCCUGGUGCAGAACUACCAUCUGACAACGGCACUGGUCAACCUUUCCAUCACGACGUACAUGGUCCUGCAGGGUAUCGCGCCCAGCUUCAUGGGCACCUUCUCCGACGCCAGCGGCCGGCGGCCCGCGUACAUGCUCGCCUUCGCCAUCUACACGGCGGCCAACAUCGGGCUCGCGCUGCAGGACAGUUUCGCGGCGCUGCUCGUCCUGCGCUGCCUGCAGAGCGCCGGCAGCAGCGGCACCGUCGCGUUCGGAUACGGCGUCAUCGCCGACGUGACCACUACGGGUGAGAGAGGCAAGUUCAUGGGCCCCAUGGCCGCGGGCGUCAUGGUGGCGCCCGCCCUGGGCCCCGUCAUCGGCGGCCUGCUGGCUCAGUUUCUCGGCUGGCGCAGCGUGUUCUGGUUCCUGGUCAUCAUCAGCGGGUCCUACCUCGUCGUGUACGUGGUGCUCGUGCCCGAGACAUCGCGCAAGAUCGUCGGAGACGGCAGUGUCCCUCCGCAGGAGUGGUGGAGGAUGUCCCUGCUGCAGUAUUGGAAAGCGAGGCAGCAGCAGCAGCAGCAAGCCCGGCGAGCUGUACGUGAAUCUAGCAACCGACAAAGGAAGAUCAGCUUUCCGAACCCGUUGCGCUCGGUCGCCAUCCUCGCGGAGAAGGAUGGCCUUGUGAUUAUUACCUAUGUUGGACUGCUCAUGUUUGCGAACCUGGUCCUGAUGACCAGCACGCCGAAUAUCUUUCCUGUGCUGUACGGAUAUAAUGAGCUUCAAGUUGGGCUGUGUUUUCUCCCCCUCGGCAUCAGCGCCUGCAUCGGAGCCGUCCUAAACGGCAAAAUCCUCGACUUCAGCUACCGGCGCACAGCGCGCAAACUCGGAGUCUCUAUCGACCGCCGCCGAGGCGACGACCUCCGGAACUUCCCCAUCGAAAAGGCGCGCUUGCAGCCCGUCUUCUUCUUCCUGGGACUGCAGCUGGCCGCUUUCUUACCCUACGGGUGGGUGCUCGAGCGCCGCGCGCCGCUCGCCGCGCCACUCAUCCUGCAGUUCGUCAUGGGCCUGGGCAUCGUCGCGUCGUCGAAUACGCUCAGCACGCUGCUCGUCGACAUCUUCCCGGACAGACCGUCGACGGCGUCGGCGGCGUGCAAUCUCGUAAGAUGCCUGCUGGGCGCCGUGGGCGCGGCGGUCGUGGACUACAUGCUCAGCGGGAUGGGGUGGGGAUGGUGCUUCUUCUUCGUUGGCAUGGUGAUGUUGGUCGCGACGGGGUUGCUGUGGGUGGAGAUGUCGUAUGGGAUGGAGUGGAGGAGGAGACGGUGGGAGAGGUUGGAGAAGAGAAAGCAAGAAUCGUCGACUUAA